AUGUGGCUCCCACGGUGGUCCACCGAUCACAGCACCGCGUAUAAAGCUCCGAUCACAGCACCGCGUAUAAAGCUCCGAGAUGGGAGGAAUUUGGCGUACAAAGAGCAUGGACUUCCAAGAGAGAAAGCUCGCCGCAAAAUCGUCUUCAUUCAUGGAUCUGAUAGUUGUAGACUCGAUGCUGUUUACGCCACUCUACUCUCUCCGGAUUUAGUGGAGGAACUAGGCGUCUAUAUGGUUUCGUUCGACCGACCGGGUUAUUGCGAGAGCGAUCCCCAUCCAAAUCGUACCCCGAAAAGCUUGGUUUUGGACAUUGAAGAGCUGGCUGAUCAAUUGAGUCUAGGAUCCAAAUUCUAUGUGAUUGGUUACUCAAUGGGAGGACAAGCUACAUGGGGAUGUCUUAAAUACAUCCCUCACCGGUUAGCCGGAGUGACACUGGUUGUUCCUGUGGUUAACUAUUGGUGGAGGAACUUACCUUUGAACGUUUCCACUGAAGGUUUUAACUUGCAGCCAAGAAGAGAUCAAUGGGCGGUUCGUGUGGCUCAUUAUGCACCUUGGCUUAUCUACUGGUGGAACACACAGAAUUGGUUCCCGGGUUCUAGUGUCGCAAACCGAGAUCACAGUAUCUUGUCGAAGCCGGAUAAAGAUAUCAUUUUGAAGCUGGGUUCGUCAAGGAAACCGCAUAUAGCAGAAGUAAGACAACAAGGGAUACAUGAGAGUAUUAACCGCGACAUGAUCGUGGGAUUUGGGAGCUGGGAAUUUGAUCCUUUAGAGCUCGAGAACCCCUUCUUGAACAAAGAAGGCUCUGUUCAUUUGUGGCAGGGAAAUGAGGACAUGUUAGUGCCUGUGACUAUGCAACGUUACAUUGCACAUAAGCUUCCAUGGCUUCACUAUCAUGAGGUUUCGGGAAGUGGCCACUUCUUACACUUUGGCAAAGGCAUGGUUGAUGACAUUGUCAAGACUCUCUUAACCACCGAUGCAAACUAA